GAGCUGCAUCUAAGCUGGAGAGGGGAUGACAGAGAGGAGAAAAGAGGAGAUGACAUGGGAUAAAGUGUUUGCAGUACUCUCCUUGUCUGAUAAACAGUCAAUCUUUUGAAAUCUUGCAAAGUCGCGUACCAUUGCAUACUAUCAUACACAUCAUGCCCUUCUCCGCCAAACAGCGUCUCCAGGCCCUGAGCCAGCAGCUUGCCGAGGGCAUUCCUGACGCCGGCAAGUUUGAGGAUAUUCCUCGCAUUCGCCAGGUAGCGCAGGAUUCAGUUGGACCCCGUGUCAAGGACAAGGUCGUUAUCGUUACGGGAACCAACUCCCCCGCCGGAAUCGGCCGCGCCAGCGCCCACCAAUACGCGCACAACGGCGCCAAAGCAGUCUACAUCUGCGACUUUGACUCCACCCAUCUCGCAACCCACAAACGCGAGAUCGAGUCCCUGUACCCGGGCGUGGACGUCCACACGCGGCAGUUCGACGCGGCCAACGAGGAAGCCGUGAAGGCUGUUGUCGCCGACGCGCUGCAAAAGUACGGCCGGCUGGAUGUGUUCUUCGCGAAUGCGGGCAUCGUGGGCCAGCCGGUUGCGUUUACGGAUAUGAGUGCGGAGGGGUUUGCUAAGACGAUGAAUACUAACACUAUCAGCGUCUUCCUCGCCGCCAAACACGCCUCCCUCGCCAUGCGCCAAACCUCCGCAUCCAAACCCUACCCAUCAGGCUCCAUCAUCUGCACCGCCUCGGUAGCAGGCCUGCGCUCCAACGCCGGCUCAACAGACUACUCCGCCUCAAAGGCCGCCGUCGUCUCCAUCGCGCAAACGAUCUCCUACCAACUCGGCGGGUCCGGCAUCCGGAUCAACGCGAUCUGCCCGGGUCUGAUCGAGACAGGCAUGACGCAGAGCGUGUUCGACCGCGCUCGGGAGCGCGGCACGGAGCGCAAGGUUGGGCAGUUGAAUCCGCUGCAGCGGGGUGCGGUGGCGGAUGAGGUUGCGCGGGUGGCGCUCUUCUUGGGCAGUGAUGAGAGUAGUUAUGUUAAUGGGCAGGCUUGGGCGGUUUGUGGCGGGUUGAGCGCGGGUCAUCCGGUUGUUCCUGGGAAGUUGGCUUGAUUUUCUAUCUAGCUAGCCGGGUAUCUGGUGCGAAGUACUGGGGUGUAAAUCCGUUAGUACCUACGCAUCUACUGUACUUGGUUCCUACUCACUAUUGUAUAUAUC